CAUCAUCUCUCCAGUUCAUUCGUUGUUAAUCAAAGAAAAGUAUUGUAACGCGCUACUCCAAGAGAUUUCCCUAUUCAUCGUCAUAACGAAAAUAUUUUUUUUUAAAUUAAGUUACAGAUACAGAUACAUUUUAUAAAAUGCCUUUCACACCAGUAGAAACACCAAAAUGUCCUAAAUGUGGCAAAUCUGUGUACGCCGCUGAAGAGCGUGUUGCCGGAGGUUACAAAUUCCACAAAACCUGUUUCAAAUGCGGAAUGUGCAACAAGGCUUUGGAUUCUACAAACUGCACAGAGCACGAUAAAGAAUUAUUCUGUAAGAAUUGCCAUGGCCGCAAAUACGGUCCAAAAGGUUAUGGAUUCGGUGGCGGUGCUGGCUGUUUGUCGAUGGAUUCUGGAGCACAUUUGAACAGAGACGAUAUUGAUGGUGUUCGUAAUGGAGCCCGUCUUGAACCAAGAGUAAUCGCAAAAGCUCCAGAAGGAGAGGGAUGUCCAAGAUGUGGAGGUUAUGUUUACGCUGCGGAACAAAUGCUUGCAAGAGGCCGCCAAUGGCAUAAGGAGUGUUUCAAGUGUGGCAACUGCGCGAAAGGGUUAGAUUCUAUACUAUGCUGUGAAGGUCCAGACAAAAACAUAUACUGCAAAGGAUGUUAUGCUAAGAAAUUCGGACCAAAAGGUUAUGGUUAUGGCCAAGGUGGUGGAGCUCUUCAAAGCGAUUGCUACGCAAAUGGUGAGAUGGCUCCAAAAACAGCAGCUAUUGAUGUUGGUAAAAUCCAAGCACGUCCUGGUGAAGGUUGUCCACGCUGUGGUGGUGUUGUUUUCGCUGCAGAAUUAGUAUUAUCAAAGGGUCGAGAGUGGCAUAGAAAAUGUUUUAAGUGUAGGGAUUGCACAAAAACUUUGGAUUCAAUUAUUGCAUGCGAUGGACCCGAUAAGGAAGUUUACUGCAGAACUUGUUAUGGCAAAAAAUGGGGCCCACAUGGAUAUGGUUUCGCUUGUGGUUCUGGCUUUUUGCAAACUGAUGGAUUAACUGAAGAUCAAAUUUCAUCGCAACGUCCCUUCUUUAAUCCUGAUACAACAUCGAUUAAAGCUCCUGAAGGAGAAGGGUGUCCACGUUGUGGAGGUGCUGUAUUUGCUGCUGAACAACAAUUAUCAAAGGGAAAAAUGUGGCAUAAAAAGUGUUAUAAUUGCUCAGAAUGCCAUAGACCACUUGAUUCAAUGUUGGCAUGCGAUGGACCAAAUAAAGAUAUCUAUUGCAGAGCAUGCUACGGCAAAUUAUUCGGACCUAAAGGUUUCGGUUAUGGCCACACCCCAACUUUGGUGUCCACCAGCGGUGAAUCAACAAUUCAGUAUCCUGAUGGUAAACCUUUGAAUGGACCACGUACAUCUGGUGGUUGCCCACGUUGUGGAUAUGCUGUAUUUGCGGCAGAACAAAUGAUAAGCAAGAGCAGAAUUUGGCACAAAAGAUGCUUCUUCUGCGCCGAUUGUAGGAAAUCUCUUGACUCAACAAAUCUCAAUGAUGGUCCAGAUGGAGAUAUCUACUGUAGAUCUUGCUACGGAAGAAACUUUGGACCUAAAGGUGUCGGAUUUGGCUUGGGCGCUGGUACUUUAACGAUGGCAUAAAGCUUUUUUAUAAAACGAAAAAAAACGAAAUAUAUAAUUGAAAUGAAA